ACCAAGUAGGCAUAGAAUAUAUUGUAGAUUUUAAGAGUGAAGGAAAAAGUAAUCGAACCGACAAAAGAAACCAUCCACCACCCAUAGCAACCCGCACAAGGAGACUCCAAAGGAAGAAGGAAGGAACAUUGCUCAGAGCACCGACCACAUCCAUCCCCGCGUCCAUGCCCCGUCUGGAUACUUUCCCCGGACCGGAGAAAAGCAACAUCAGAAAAGCCUAACAAUAUAAGUAGGUACAAAAAACAGACCCAGAUCCUGCUACCAACCAACACCCGUAGAAACAAACAGACAUGAACAAGAGUAUGAUAAAAGAAAAGCAAGCCCCACUCGACAUCCAGCCGGCCGGUGCUUGGCCGAGAUGUGCGGUUGCGGUUGUGAUCGUAGUCCGUCGGUGUCAUCGCCGUCGCCGUCGUCAGUCGUCGAUGCGCCAAAGAUGGCGGGCCUCGGAAGUCGGAAAUCGGAAGUCGGGAGUCGGGGAGUUCGUCGCCGGUAAUCAGCUCGCAUGGUUGUUGGAGCUGGAUGUUCGCCCGUCGGUCGGAGUAAAGAGGAGUUUAGGGAGGAGUGGUGUUUAUACAUGCGCAGCGCGUCGCAUACUGUCGUCGGAUCGGCUCACUUGUGGCCGAACAUGCCGUAUGGCGCCGGAGGCAGAUCCGGGGUCGGAAUGCGCGGGGGCUGCGGCCGCGAGGGGGGGGUCGACGGGGCAGGCAUUGCGAUGGGGUUGCGGUGGUGGUUGUAGUGGCAGUGGUGGUAGAGUAACAGCAGUGGCAGCAGAGGUAGCAGAGGUAGCAGUGGCAGCAGUGAUAGUGCCAGUGGGAGCUUCGGUGAUGAUGAUACGAUGCGAUGCAAGGGUGAUCCUUAGUGGAAGCGGAUGUUGCUGUUGCUUUGGUAUUGAGAACUCGUGUUGGUAUGAGGAGUGGUGGUAGUUGAUGUCUUGCGAUCAGGUAUGAGCGAACGCGGGAUCUUAUGUAGGAGUAGGAGCUGGAGUAGGUAGGUGUAGGUGUAGCUGGAUUGCGAUCUGAUCUGCUGAGGAAGGUGGAGUGAAGAAUGGAUCUCGAAACGGUGGUUUCGGGUGACUCUUAUAUCAUACCGGUUUCCGCUGGACGAGGAGACGGACACCCGUGCGCCCUCUCCCUCCGCCGGGGAGAGGGAGGGAGGAGAGGGAGGAGGAGGGUGGUGCUGCGGUCUUGAGUAACGGCCGGCCGCUGAGCCGUGCUAGAGAGUGUGUGCAAUGCGAGUCUUGCGGGUCUUGCGAGUCUUGCGACCCUUCGCUCCCUUCCGCUCAUCGCGUCGCUCGGCAGGGCUCCAGCUAGUGGCUAGUAGCUUUUGCGUCACAGCGGGUCCCUGGCCCUAGCUGUUACGGCAG